GAAACAACUCUCCGUCUUUGGCCGAUUGUUGUAGCGGGAGGAGCGACGUCGGAGGCUAAACUGCGCAGAGUCGCAGGUUGUGUGUUCCAGGUUUGAAGACGAACGGGCAUGACUGGCGGGAAUACGUUUCUCAAGAGCUCCUGUAACACCAAGGACCCCGAGCCCAGCAUGGACGUGGACAUGGAUUCAAGUCGGACCGAGAGCGAGCGGGGAGACCUGGACAGCAGUGUCCCCGUUGCGUGUUCCUCCAAUGGCAGCGGCGGGGAGGAGGACGAAGCGGAGGGCAUCGGCAGGCCCGGAGAAGCCAGGGGCUCAAGUAAUCAGUUCACACCGAACAGAACAGGCGAAAUCGCCAUCGGCAGGGAGCAAGAAGUGUCGGUGGAAAUUGGAGAGACGUAUUUGUGUCAAAGAACCGAUAAAACAUGGCACAUGGCAGAGGUGAUUCAGUCUCGCCUGAACGAGCAGGAGGGAAGAGAGGAGUUUUAUGUUCACUAUGUGGGAUUUAACCGGCGCCUGGAUGAAUGGGUGGGGAAAUCCCGUCUGGCUCUUACCAAGACAGUGAAGGAUGCAGUGAGGAAGAGCUCAGAGAUCGGAGGAGUCGGAGAUCUCUGUGAUCAGCCCGAGAGAAAGAUCACUCGCAACCAGAAGAGGAAGCAUGAUGAGAUCAACCACGUGCAGAAGACAUAUGCAGAAAUGGACCCAACAACAGCUGCACUGGAGAAGGAGCAUGAGGCGAUCACCAAAGUCAAAUACGUGGAUAAAAUCCAGAUCGGAAACUUUGAAAUUGAUGCCUGGUACUUCUCCCCGUUCCCUGAGGACUACGGCAAGCAGCCCAAGCUUUGGAUCUGCGAGUACUGCCUUAAAUAUAUGAAGUAUGAAAAGACGUUUAGAUAUCACUUGUCACACUGUCAGUGGAGGCAGCCUCCAGGGAAAGAGAUCUACAGGAGGAGUAACAUCUCAGUUUAUGAGGUGGACGGGCGAGAUCACAAGAUUUACUGCCAGAACCUUUGUCUACUAGCAAAGCUUUUCCUGGACCAUAAAACGCUUUAUUUUGACGUGGAGCCCUUCAUCUUCUACAUUCUCACUGAAGUCAACAAGCAGGGAGCUCACAUCGUCGGAUACUUUUCAAAAGAAAAAGAGUCUCCAGAUGGGAAUAAUGUUGCAUGUAUUCUCACGCUGCCACCAUACCAACGCAGAGGCUACGGAAAGUUUCUCAUAGCUUUCAGUUAUGAGCUGUCCAAGCUGGAGAACGCAGUCGGUUCCCCGGAGAAGCCUCUGUCUGAUCUGGGGAAACUAAGCUACAGGAGUUACUGGUCCUGGGUGCUGCUGGAGAUCCUGAGGGACUUCAGAGGGACAUUGUCCAUCAAAGAUCUCAGUCAGAUGACCAGCAUCACGCAGAGUGACAUCAUCAGCACCCUGCAGUCGCUCAACAUGGUCAAAUACUGGAAAGGUCAGCAUGUCAUCUGCGUCACCCCCAAACUGGUGGAGGAACACCUCAAGAGCGCCCAGUACAAGAAACCACCAAUCACAGUCGACACCGUGUGUCUGAAGUGGGCGCCACCCAAAAACAAACAAGCCAAGUUGUCGAAGAAGUGAGAUGAAGAAUCCACUCCUGUUUCCUCCACCAUAUAAUGUAUAUAGCUGUUAGUAACAACAGGGAUUAUUUUCUUAGAAUAAAUGUGUAAAUAUAACAACAA